AAUCAGAAUUUUGAACUUUCAACGUCUCUGACACGGAACUUCGCUACUUGCCCCUAUAAAUACAAAUUACUAUAGCCUAUUAGUAAUAUUUCAGAGUUUUGAUCACACUGCAUUGACAGCCAUGACUAUCACUACUUUUGACGUUGAAUUCUUCGGUGAUCGAAUCCUAACAACAGUCACAAACAGCCCAGGCUAUGUUGGCGAUUGGAUCUGGGAGAUCGAAGCCGUCCAUGCGCGUCGUCUCGACCGCCUCAUUGUUGGACUUGAUAUCGAGUGGCGACCCACUUUCAACCGUAAUCAACAAAGCCAAGUCGCAAUUCUUCAGCUUUGCGUUGGCCGACGCUGUCUCAUAUUUCAACUCCAGCACUGUUUUUACAUACCUUUGUUCUUAUCCGUUUUUUUGUGCAAUCCCAGUUACACUAUUGUUGGGGUUGGAAUCGAGAAUGACGUUGAAAAGUUGGAGAAGGAUUAUGGGAUACGUGUGGGUAAUGUGGUUGACUUAAGGCAUUUGGCGGCGGAUGCUUAUGGCAUGAGGGAUCUGAAGAAUGCUGGUUUAAAGAAGCUGUGCGAUGUUGUUCUUGGUAAAGAGAUGGAAAAGCCCAAGCGCAUUACUAUUGGAAAGUGGGAUAACGAAGAGCUCAGCGUGGAGCAAGUGGAGUAUGCUUGUAUUGAUGCUUUUGUUUCUUUUGAGAUUGGAAGACGCUUGAAUGCUUCUGGGCAUUAACUACCCCUUAAUUUAGAAACAUGACGGGUUGAUUUAAGCUGCUAAAUAAGGUUUUGGUUUGGAUUUUGGAUUUUGAUCUAUGAAGGUGCACCGUUCUAAAUGCGGAUUAGGGUUCUUAUAUUUUGGGUUA